AGUGAGAACACCGACACACUAUACAGUACACCGGUUGCAGGGACCGUGCGAAGUUCGAAUUUCAGCGUGCGUUUCAAAGUGUAGUGUGUUAAUAAUUUCAUAUAUGAGUGAGGGGCUGUUGAGUUGUGUUGCAUUUAUUUUAUUAGUAGAAAUAAUAAAAUCGAAGUGUUGCUGUGUGACGACACGUAAAUAAGUUUUAUAUCAGUAUAUUUUAUUUACUAAAUUUGAAGAAAUACACAUAUGUUACAAGUUAUGGCGAACUGACAACAGUGGAUUGGUUGUCAGCUACAGGCUGGAGUGACACAACCACCACUGCUUUAUCAUCAUUUUCAUCGGGCUCUGGUUUGCCUGGAGAUGAUAAUUUCCAAGGAUCUGUUUCUGCUGGGUGACCAAGAUUACCUGCGGCUCCCUAAGGACGAAAAGCGAGUCAUGGUUCGUCCUGUCACCAAGAUUCAGAGGGUAGAAUCGAGUGUCCCCAGCACAACAAUCCACUUCCCAUGUCUGGACCAACAGCGCUCCCUGGAGCUCGUGUUCAGUGGCGUGACCGUGACUGUGGACAAGAGACCAAUACUGAGAGAUGUGAGUGGUGUGGUGAGACCCGGGGAACUGCUGGCAGUCAUGGGGCCAUCCG